AUGGAGUCGCUCCAAAGGCCCCAAAUAAUCUGCCACGUGCAGCAAGCCCUGAACUACACCGUCCACGACGUCAAGUGGAUCCCCUGUUCCGCGAAAUUCGUCUCAAUCGGGGGCAAAUCAAACGGGGCUGGAAUUAUCGAGACCUACUCAAUCAGUGGUGAUGGGAUCGAAAAAGUGGCCGAAUUCGGCAAGAAAGACCACUUUAAAUGCGGCACGUUUCACGCCUCGAGUUUAAGAGACCGCCACCUUGCGACUGGCGACUUCAGCGGGCGGUUACAAGUCUGGGAUUUGGAGGAGAAUUUAAUCCCGAUUUAUAAGACGGAGAAGCACCGCGGGGUCAUUAACGCCAUUGAUGGAGUUGCGGGGGUUGCCAGUGGGUGCGGGGCCCCCGAAAUAGCCACCGGAUCUAAAGACGGGGCUGUCAUGGUGUGGGACAUUCGGCAAAAAGACACCCCCGUGGCCAAGUUCUGCCAAAGCGAGGGCUCCCAAGGCCGCGAUUGUUGGAGCGUAGCUUUCGGAAACUCGUACAAUAACGAAGAACGAGUCGUAGCAGCGGGUUACGAUAACGGCGAUUUGAAAAUCUACGACCUCCGGAACAUGUCGGUAAAAUGGUCCAAAUGCCUCAAAAACGGAAUCGUUUCGCUUCAAUUCGACCGCAAAGACAUUCCCAUGAACAAAUUGGUUGCCACAACUCUGGAGUCGAAAAUUUUCUGUUUCGAUGUGCGCACCCAUCACCCCACUAAAGGGUACGCCCAAGUGGUCGAAAAGGCGCACAAUUCGACCAUCUGGUGCGCCCAACAUUUGCCCCAAAACCGGGAGAUUUUCAUGACUACGGGGGGCACCGGAUCGCUCUGUUUGUGGAAAUACAAUUAUCCGGACCGGAGGGUGGAAAAGGACGCUGAUGGGCUGGAAUAUGGGGUGGCAGGGGAGUUGCUUCUGCUGCAAAACAGCACUUUGAGCGACCAGCCCAUCACGAGCUUUGACUGGUGCCCCGAGAAGGCCGGGCUGUCGGUGUGCUCAGCCUUCGACCAAACCAUCAGAGUCUUAAUUACGACAAAACUAAAUUUGUAUUAAUUUUAAUGAAUAAAAUGACCCUAACCUCAA